GGCUGCAGAAAACAGUGUAAUGGGUUAAUAAUUAUGUUGAUUUGGUGGGACCCUCCCACACCCUGCCUGACCAAGCAGUAUGAAUAGCUGUGCUGGACCCCUCCUUAAGUCACUUCAUCAGUGCUUUCAAACUCACUGUCAGCUCUCCAGCACUAACAGCCCUUGGCUGAUACUCUGUCACACUCAACGAGAAGACUUUCACUGUGGAAUAGUUGACACUGAUAGAAAGAGGAUGGAAUCUAGCUACCUAGCAUCGUUAUCACUGGGCGAAGAGUCCAGCCAAAUGUGGAGUCUUAACAAGAGGUUAGAAGCAUAUCUGUCCAGGGUUAAAGCUUUAGAAGAAGAGAAUGAAUUGCUCCGGGCAGAGAUACACCAGUUGCAGAGCAGCAAAUCUGAAAGUUGCUGGAAAAAUAAGUUUUUCAAUGAGAUGCGCAAGUUGAGAGAGGUCUUGGAUGAGAGUCAUGCCGAGAUGGUCCGGGUGGAAGCGGACAGAGACAACAUUUACGAAGAGAUCGAGUUUAUCAAAGAAAGGUGUCUGCAAGAACGCCAUGCACAAGAGGACGCAAAAAAAGAGUUAUCCGAAAGCAAGAAACUGCUGGAAGAGGAAAACCGAGCUCAAAUCUGGUUGAAAGAAAGACUUCUUCAGUUGGAAGGAGAGUUGGAAGAGAUAAUCAAAGCUCACGAAGAGGAUAAAGAACUGAUGGAGGAAGAAAUUUCAAGCAUCUCCCAAAGACUGCAGAACUUCAAAGUGGCACCAGUGGUUAUCCAGCCGGUCAACGUGGAUGACUAUGCGAAUAAGCUCUCGGAGAUCUGGCGAGAGGCGGUGGAAGGGUACAAGAGUGAAGUGUCAGUGCUGGAAACUAGCUUGUCAGAGUCCAGGGAAAACCUGAGAAAAGUGCUGGAGGAAAAUAAGCAGAGCAAGAUACACCUACAAAACCUGGAGAAAGAGAUGCAGAGCCUCAAGACGAGGAAAGACCUGCUGGAGCAGAUUCUCUCCACGCAGUUGCAGGAGCAGAAGGAAGAGGAAGGCAACCUACAGGUAGGUAAUUCAGAUAAGCACCGAAUGUGAUCCUGUGAAUGUCAGAAUCUUCAACCACUAAUUAAUUUUAAUCAUUUUCACAGUUUUACAGCACAUAGUGGAUUAAACUACAUACAAUGGAGUACAUAUAUUUGUCUAAAAAGUGGAAAAUAUCCAUCUAUCCAUUUAUUCAUCCAUCUCUUCUAUAUUUGUAUAAAUGCCUAUACUAAUCUGUUUACCUACCUGUCAAUCUGUAAAUACCUAUCAAGCUAUAUCUGCCUAUCUAGCCAAUACUGCAGCUCUGAGUAUAUGUGUACAUACAGAUAUCUCCUGGGUAGAAGAUUUGUACACAUCCACCCUAUUAGUCACUCCCACAUAUAAAUAGUAUAUAUUAAUACAUUCACAUAUGCAUAGUGCACAUAAACACAUUUAUGCACAUUAGUAGACAUCCAUAGACCCAUACUAGCAGACAUCACAUUAUCAGAAAACACUCACACAUCUACACACACUAGUACAUAGCACUAGUACAUAAUACACACACAUCCAUAAACACACAUUCAUAGUACCCACUCAGGCGAGCACACAGACACUAAUACACAUACAUUCUCUUGCACAGUAGUAUAGAAAUUAGCACACAUCCACAGACAAACACUCACACAUAUACUCACUUGCGCAGACACAUGCUCAUGCAUACAUAGACAUGCCCUAACACACAUGCAUCAACACAGACUCAGACAUACAUAUACACAUGAGCACAUAUACCUAAACACACUUCCAAACAUACAUACUACCAGCCAUGCUUAAACACUUGCACACAUACAGGGCCGGACUGGCCCAUCGGCACCUGGGGCAGGCAGACACCUGGGUCUGCUGGCGGCCGCUGGGGGACUUGUACUGGCGGCCGAUGGGGGAGCUGCGCUGGCUCUGCUCCCCAGCGCGCAGCUUAAUGAGAACGGUGCUGGAAUAUGAUGUCGUAUUCCGGCCCCGGUCUCAUUCAGCAGCGCGCGAGGGUGGAAGAGCAGAGCCAGCGCAGCUCCCCCAGUGGCCGCCAGUACAAGUCCCCCAGCGGCCGCCAGAAGACCUCCCUGCAGGUAUUAGUAAUGUGUGUCAGUGUGAGUUUGUCUGUCUGUUAUGGUGUGUGUGUCUGUCUGUGUCAUGGUGUCUGUCUGUAUGGUGUGUGUGUGUCUGUCUGUCCGUCAUGGUGUGUGUCUGUCUGUCAUGGGGUGUGUGUCUGUCUGUCUGUGUCAUGGUGUCUGUCUGUAUGGUGUGUGUGUGUGUCUGUCUGUCUGUAUGGUGUGUGUGUGUCUGUCUGUCUGUAUGGUGUGUGUGUGUGUCUGUCUGUAUGGUGUGUGUGUGUGUGUCUGUGUCAUGGUGUGUGUGUGUGUCUGUCUGUCCAUCAUAGUGUGUGUUUCUGUCUGUCAUGUGGUGUGUGUCUGUCUCUAUGGUGCCUGUGUGUGUGUGUGUGUCUGUAUGGUGUGUGUGUGUCUGUCUGUAUGGUGUGUGUGUGUCUGUCUGUCUGUGUCAUGGUGUGUGUGUGUCUGCCCGUCAUGGGGUGUGUGUCUGUCCGUCAUGGGGUAUUUGCCUGUCUGUGUCAUGGUGUGUGUGUGUGGGUCUGUCUGUGUCAUGGUGUGUGUGUGUGUCAUGGGGUGUGUAUCUGUCGUGGUAUAUGUGUGUUUCUUUGUCUGUCAUGGUGUAUAUGUGUGUUUAAAAAUAUUGUUUUUGCUCACCUUUUUUUUCCCCACGCAGCGUGCUGGUGUCCCCUCAACUGGCCCUGCCUCUAUAGCUGAGAUCUUCAAGCUUGAUGAUCUCAGCCAAUCCAAUGCUUUGCCAUAGGAUUGGCUGCAAAAUGCCACUCCAAUCAGCAUCUCCUCAUAGAGAUGCAUUGAAUCAAUGAAUCUCUAUGGGGAACGUUCAGCACCUACAGAGUGUGGAGGCCCUGAAUGUAGGUGCACUAACACAGGAAGCACCUCUAGUGACCGUCUGAGUGACUGUCACUAGCAGUGUCACUUUGAAGCAAUGUAAACACUGCCUUUUCUCUGAAAAGUCAGUGUUUACGUUGAAAAGCCUGUAGGGACAUGCUAUAGACACCAGUACCACUACAUUAAGCUGUGUGUGUGUGUCUGCUAGUGAGUGAGCUUGCUUGCUUGCAUGCGUGUGCCUGCUAGUGAGUGAGCUUGUGUUUUUAUGUCAAUAAGCUGAUGUAUAUCAGUAAGAUUGUUUGUCUAUGAGGCUGUGUAUCAAUGAGCUUGUGUGUGUCAUUGAGAUGUCAGUGAAAUUGCCUGUGUCUGCAUGUGAGUAUGCUUACUGUAUAAUUAAACGUUUUACCCUGAAAGGACCAAUAUUUUAUAUUAGAAAAAGCAAUAUAUAUAUAUAUAUAUAUAUAUAUAUAUAUUACUCAAUCAUCUGUCAUGGCAAGACAUAGCCUUACAUAUUACACGCGACAAUAUAUGGCGCAGUGACUUAUGGGGCUGGCACAAAUUUUUUUUUCCAGGGCUGCUUUGUAUCCCCAGUCCGGCCCUGCACACAUACAUAAACAGUCAUCCACAAGCACACACCCAUUUACAUGCAUACACUAACAGAUAUGCACAUUCACUGACAUACAGACACUCACUCACUCACUCACUCACACUAUAUCAAUUUAUCUCUCUCCCUCUAGUCACUUUCCUCAGGGAGGGAGAGAAGGAGACAGGCUCUAUUGUCCUGAGUCCCUGUUUUCAAGGGGUGGAAGCGUGAGAGCUAUGCACCGGGCAGUACAGCCUUCCAUGCUGCUUACUAUCAGUACGCACAGUGUACAGACAGCGAGUGUAACGAUAUGUCAUCAUAUCCCAGUUCCUUCUGCCUGUCGCAGUGUACUAUAUAAUAGGCAGAGGUAAUGACAGUAAUGUCACUAACCACAAGUCCACAUUCCAGGCAGACAGUAAUUAAUGCUUUGUCCCCUACCCAGAGAUGUCAGUGUAAAAAAAACACAAAAAACAAUGCUCGCACCCCAAGGCCCAAAGAAUGCCUCAAGAGUAGGCCUGACAUACAGUAAGACAAUAUUCCAGCUAUCAGUAUAUCGUACAUUAGGCAAUAUUCCAGCUAUUCGUAUAUCGUACAUUAGGCAAUAUUCCAGCUGUUACUGGAUAUGUACAUACACUAUGCAUUAUUCUACCGCUUUGUAGUAUAUCUGUACUUACAGUAUGCAUUAUUCUACAGCUCUGUAGUAUAUCUGUACAUACAGUUUGCAUUAUUAUACCGCUUUGUAGUAUAUCUGUACUUACAAUAUGCAUUAUUCUAUCGCUUUGCAGUAUAUCUGUACUUAAAGUAUGCAUUAUUCUACCGCUUUGUAGUAUAUCUGUACAUACAGUAUGCAUUAUUCUACCGCUUUGUAGUAUAUCUGUACAUACAGUAUGCAUUAUUCUACCGCUUUGUAGUAUAUCUGUACAUACAGUAUGUAUUAUUGUACCGCUGUGUAGUAUAUCUGUACAUACAGUAUGCAUUAUACCGCUUUGUAGUAUAUCUGUAUAUACAGUAUGCAUUAUUGUACCGCUUUGUAGUAUAUCUGUAUGUACAGUAUGCAUUAUACCGCUUUGUAGUAUAUCUGUAUAUACAGUAUGCAUUAUUGUACCGCUUUGUAGUAUAUCUGUACGUACAGUAUGCAUUAUUGUAUCACUUUGUAGUAUAUCUGUACAUACAGUAUGCAUUAUUGUACCGCUAUGUAGUAUAUCUGUACAUACAGUAUGCAUUAUUCUACCGCUGUGUAGUAUAUCUGUACAUACAGUAUGUAUUAUUGUACCGCUUUGUAGUAUAUCUGUACGUACAGUAUUUUACCGCUUUGCAGUAUAUCUGUACAUACGGUAUGCAUUAUUCUACCGCUUUGUAGUAUAUCUGUACGUACAGUAUGCAUUAUACCGCUUUGUAGUAUAUCUGUAUAUACAUUAUGCAUUAUUGUGACGCUUUGUAGUAUAUCUGUAUGUACAGUAUGCAUUAUACCGCUUUGUAGUAUAUCUGUACAUACAGUAUGCAUUAUUCUACCGCUGUGUAGUAUAUCUGUACAUACAGUAUGUAUUAUUGUACCGCUUUGUAGUAUAUCUGUACGUACAGUAUUUUACCGCUUUGUAGUAUAUCUGUACAUACAGUAUGCAUUAUUGUACCGCUGUGUAGUAUAUCUGUAUGUACAGUAUGCAUUAUUGUACCGCUGUGUAGUAUAUCUGUACGUACAGUAUGCAUUAUUGUACCGCUUUGUAGUGUAUCUGUACGUACAGUAUGCAUUAUACAGCUUUGUAGUAUAUCUGUACGUACAGUAUGCAUUAUACUGCUUUGUAGUAUAUUUGUACAUACAGUGUGCAUUAUUCUAUCGCUUUGUAGAAUAUCUGUACGUACAGUAUUCAUUAUUUUACCACUUUGUAGUAUAUCUGUACGUGCAGUAUGCAUUAUUGUACCGCUGUGUAGUAUAUCGAUACGUACAGUAUGCAUUAUUGUACCACUGUGUAGUAUAUCUGUAGGUACAGUAUGCAUUAUUUUACCACUUUGCAGUAUAUCUUUACAUACAGUAUGCAUUAUUGUACCGCUUUGUAGUAUAUCUGUAUGUACAGUAUGCAUUAUACCGCUUUGUAGUAUAUCUGUACAUACAGUAUGCAUUAUUGUACCACUUUGUAGUAUAUCUGUACAUACAGUAUGCAUUAUUGUACCGCUGUGUAGUAUAUCUGUAUGUACAGUAUGCAUUAUACCGCUUUGUAGUAUAUCUGUAUGUACAGUAUGCAUUAUACCGCUUUGUAGUAUAUCUGUAUGUACAGUAGCAAUUUCCAUUCUCUGUAUAUAUCUGUACAUACCAAAGGAGCAGUUAGGAGGGGGGUUUGGACAGAAGGAUAUUUUGUAUUUUAUUUUUACAUUAGAUAGUUGCUUCUCCGGCCACUUAUUAUAAAAAUAAAGGUCAGUAGUAUGAAGCUCCACCAGGCUUCUUGGGAUCAAACCCCAGAUGUUUUUGGAACCUAGAAAAUCCCAUUUAGGGGAUUUAAUCCAGCUGUCAGUAUAUUUACAGUAGCCAGCAUUCUAGCUGUAAGUAUAUCACAAUAUUCCAGUGCUGUGUGUUUAUCUGCACACACGACACACUGUAUCAGCUGUGAGUUUAUCUGUUCAUACAGUAGCCUGCAUUCCAGUGUACAUACAGUAGGCAAUAUUCCAACUCAAUGUAUCUUUAUAUGCAGUAAUAAGUACCCAGCUCUGUGUAAAUCUAUAUAUAUAUAUAUAUAUAUAUAUAUAUAUAUAUAUAUAUAUAGUAGUCAUGCUUCUAAAUUUGAUUUAUGUAUAUAUAUUCAUAUAUAUACAUUAGAAUUCCAGCUGUGUAUAUCUGAACAUACAGUACCGGCAUUCCAGCUGUGUGUAUAUCUGAACAUACAGUACCGUCAUUCCAGCUGUGUGUAUAUCUGAACAUACAGUACCGUCAUUCCAGCUGUGUGUAUAUCCGAACAUACAGUACCGGCAUUCCAGCUGUGUGUAUAUCCGAACAUACAGUACCGGCAUUCCAGCUAUUUGUAUAUCUGAACAUACAGUACCGGCAUUCCAGCUGUGUGUAUAUCCGAACAUACAGUGCCGGCAUUCCAGCUGUGUGUAUAUCCGAACAUACAGUGCCGGCACUCCAGCUGUGUGUAUAUCCGAACAUACAGUGCCGGCAUUCCAGCUGUGUGUAUAUCCGAACAUACAGUACCGGCAUUCCAGCUGUGUGUAUAUCCGAACAUACAGUACCGGCAUUCCAGCUGUGUGUAUAUCCGAACAUACAGUACCGGCAUUCCAGCUGUGUGUAUAUCCGAACAUACAGUACCGGCAUUCCAGCUGUGUGUAUAUCCGAACAUACAGUACCGGCAUUCCAGCUGUGUGUAUAUCCGAACAUACAGUACCGGCACUCCAGCUAUGUGUAUAUACGAACAUACAGUACCGGCAUUCCAGCUAUGUGUAUAUCUGAACAUACAGUACCGGCAUUCCAGCUAUGUGUAUAUACGAACAUACAGUACCGGCAUUCCAGCUGUGUGUAUAUCUGAACUUACAGUACCGGCAUUCCAGCUGUGUGUAUAUCUGAACAUUUCUUUAUGAUGUACAGCAGUACAUGAAGACUUUAGGAUCUGGUUUAAAUAAAAUGUAUUAUUACCUUUGAAUGAUUCUACUUAGGCGGUAAUUCCAGUAAGGGGGGUUUCUACCUUUGUUAGGCAUAUUCCUUUACCUUAGUUGUAUGUUUUUUCUAAUUAACUUGGGUCAUGCCCAUAUUACCUCUCUGACCAUAUUUAUGACCACAUACGUAUUAGGUUUUUCCUAAAAUAGUGUUGUCUUCCUUAUUUUUCUUGUAUGCCAGAGUAAUAUACUGAAGGAAAUAAAUCAUUACUCCAGGGGAGCACUUUUCAUGCACUGCUUUACCACAUGUAAGGUAUUGGAUGGAAUGUAGAAAAAGUAUUACGCUUUUUAUAUUUUUUUAUACAUUUUUUUCUGGAGCUUUUCCUAUUUAUUCCCAUAUGUGCACCAACAUAUUUCUUACUGCAUCUGUCAUUUUAUUUUCCCAUUCCAUUUUGAUGGAUGUUUGUUUUUUGAUUCACAAAUUUGUCACUCCCAAUGUUAAAAUAGGAGGUGCAAAAGUGUGCCCUUCCUUGAGUAACAGUUUAUACACAAGAAAAUGGUACAUGCAAACGAAACAGGCACAAACAAGUGAAUUUGACAGUUUUCAAACAUAUUCUUUAUUAUGUCACAUAUCUCCCAAAAUUCCAAAUAAGCAAAGAGGGACACUUUAAUUUUAGGGGUGUGGCCAGGUGCGGGGAUGCUCAGAGAAAUUUUAGGUGACUUACUGAUAACAAGGUAUGCAACUAAAAACGUAAUUUAGAACAAUAACAAUGUAUCUUAUUCACACUGACUGAUUGCUAAACACAUUUAUUGUAGUUUAAAGACACAUUACUGGGAGUAUUAUUGCUCUGGAGCUCUGUUAUACACUCAGAUACACCCAAAAUAUGGAGCUCCUAGAAAAGUGGGACAUUAUGAUAGAAAAGAGGGACAGAGGAAUUUGGGCCCAAAAUAGGGAUUGCCCCUUCUAAGUAGGGACACUUGGAAGAUAUGACAUAAUUUCAUGGUGCCUCCAGUGACUGAGACAGAGAAACAAUGUGGACAUGGUUUAUUUUCAAAAACUGGGAAUUACAAAGCCUUGCUCACCCUCAGUGCAUUAAAGGGACACUUCAGGCACCCAGACCACUUAAUCUCAUUGAAGUGGUCUGGGUGCAGUGUCCUUAUACCCCUUAGUCUUGCAAUGUAAAUCCCUUAAACAACACCGGACAUCACCAGUGGAUGCAUGAUGAUAUCCAGCAUCAGUGAAAACCUCAUAGAAAAACACCGAUACAUUACUUUUCUUUGGAGAGGGCCUAAUGCGCUCACAAUGCUCACCACGCAUGAGCAUUAGGUCCCCCUGUCUGAUGACAUUGGAGGAGGUGGAGCGACGACAUUGGAAGUGGAAUUGAGUAAGUUAAUAAAGGUUUUUUAACCCUUAAAGGGACACUGUAGGCACCCAGAAAACAUAAGCUCAUUGAAGUUGUCUGGGUGCAAACUCCCAUCACCCUUAGACUGCAAUAAUUACCUGCUAGGGUUAACUCCUUGUCUAGUGGUUGUCGACCAGACAGCCACUAGAGGGACUUCUGGGUGUUUAGAUGAUUUUUGGUCACUUAAACUACACUGGACAUCCUCAUGCUAUGCAUGUUUUUUUUGGGGGGAAAUCCUAAUGUGUGAGCAUUAGGCCCCCCCUGCCAGCUGACGUCGGCAGGGGAGAAGUGUGGGCGGAGCUGAGGGACAUCAGUACUGGACCCAGGUAAGUGACAGAAGGGGAUAUGAACGAGUUUUUUUUCCUGGCACUAUAGUUUCCCUUUCAUGUGCCGUAGUGGGGCCACAAGGGAGCGAGGGCCAGAGGGCACUUUAGUGUUUGGAAUACCGAUUUGUAUUCCUAACACUAUAGAAUCCCUUUAAUUAGUAGAAAAACUUUUAUAGCAUCCAUUGCAUUUGGAUUUGGCAAUCAGGCAUUUACCAUCUUACCGGACAAAAUGUCAAAUUUUCCCAAAUGUCAUUUACAGCAAUACUAAAUAUUUCGCACAUUUCCUUCCCACAUUCAUUAUUUCUGGUAGUAUAUAAUUACUGGGAUAAACAGGAAUUCAUUUUUAGGCAUGCCCUUGGAAAUAAAGAUGUUAUCUAGUUAAAAUGUCGCCUCUAAUGUUCACAAAGAUCCUAAUUAACAGGGUUUUUUACUAACAUGUAAAUUCAAAGUAAAUGUCAAAUUUAAGGACAAAAUAGCCAAACUGGAGCAAUUCUCUAAGUCAGCUGUGCUGUCAGUUCGGCUACUCUGGCCUUAAUUGUGAAAUUCACUUUAAACUUGCUUCAAAUUCUUGGUUAGAGUUAGAGUUGGUAAAUGACUUGGUUAGAGUUUAUUUUGUGAAUCCUAGAUACCCAUGGGGAGGCAUUUUGGAAUUCUGUACUUUAAAGUAAGAUCGUAUGGGUAGAGAUAUGUGUGGAUUUUUUUCGACACAUUGUGAUCUAUAUGAGUCCCAUAUGUGAUAGUCGCUCCAGCUGUGCAUGAGAAAGGAAGCACGGGGAACUCGGCUCUUACAAAGUACUGUCAAGGGGAUAAACUCCAUUAGAAUAGUGCAACAUUUACUCCCACUUUUCACAGCGUAGGGCCAGUUCCACUUCUGUACUUCAUUUUAACGAGUCCAUUAGCCUGAUGGGAAAGUCUGGGAUAACCUCUAAGGGCAAUGGCCUUAAGGCAAUGUUCGAUUAUAGGAAAAAUGUUCAAGAUCCACUAAGGUCGCUGUCAGCAUAAUAUCAUAAUGAAGUAGCCACAAUUAAUGCAACAAGCUUCCAAACUCUCCUACUGAAGAUAUAAUGGAGGGGACAUGGGGAUACAUAAAACUGGUGCCCAGUUGGUUGCAAAUUCAUCCUAGAUUUAAGAAACGUUUGAUCAUUCAGACAUUAUAAGCUGUAUUUCCCUGUAUAUGGUUCGUUUGGGCAAAGUUUAUGGAUUAAACGUAAAAUGACACUAAAGUCACCCAGACCAUUUUAUUUCAAUGAACCAGUUUGGGUGUAGUAUCCCUGUUUAUAUUGCAGAGUUAAGUCUACCUUUAGUGGUUGUCUUCUGGACAGCCACUAAAGAUUCUUCCACUGCACUGACCGAGUAAAACUUGGUCACGUGAUGUAUACGCUUGUAGAAAAGCACUGAAUACAGUGCUUCCCUGUGAGAAUGUUUGGAUGCGCACACUGCAUGCACCGUGCAUUUACUUUACGUCCCUAUUGUUCCUCUAUGAGGAGCAUUGGAUUGGACCAUUGAUGGAGAAAAUGGUGUAUUGGGAGGUAGAGAGAUGAGCAGGGCCAAAGACGCCUUUGUACUGGAAAAAGGUAAAUAAAUCUUUAAUUUUAUUAAUUUUUAUUGCAUACAUGAACUAACAAUCUAGAGAUAUAACAGGAACUCUACAAAAAGCUAACAAUCGAGUGAUAAAAUGGGUGACACUAAUCCUAGCAGCUCAAUAACUAUUUGCAUAAUGGGAGUCCUUCUCCCAAGAAGCUUACAAUCUAUUGAUAGACCCUACCUGAGGGAGACCAUACCUCAAGAAGCUUACAUAUAUUGGGAGAAACUACGCUAAGAAACUUACAAUGUAAUGGCAUAGUGAGUGACAUUGCCCCAAACAGCUAAAAAUCUAGUGGCGUAAUCGGAGAUCCUACCAAAAACAUUCACAAUCUAAUUGUAUAAUGAGCAAUCCUACCCCACAAAGCUUACACUCAAGUGUUAUAACGGGAGACCCUACCUCAUGAGGCUUACAGUCUGGCCGCAUAUUGAGAGACCAUGCAUCAAAAAGCUUAGAAAGAAUAAUUUAAAAUCAGGCAUACGUGAUAUCACACUAGUGGUAUGCUGUACAAUCCAUCCAACAGAGGAUCUGCAGUCUGGUAGUAGUGUCAAACAUGACCACGAAACCUCUAUUUAGUCACAGUAGCAGCAAAGCAAUACCUUUGUGUCUUUAUUAUCUAAUAUACUUAAUGGUCAAUAUACUGUAUUACCAGUCCUGUCAUGUUCUCUAAUCAGCAGAGAAGCCAGGAUUGGGUAUACUCUGUAAUUUACUCUGUUCAUUGUUAUGUGCUAAUUGCAUUAUCCUACAAAAGGAAACAGAUGCUCUUUUGUACAGAAUUAUAGAUCUGUCUGGCAGAUGGCUAAUAUUUUGCUGCUCUUAACUUGAUUUAAACCACUUAAACUUAUUAGAUGGCUAAAGAUACAAGAAAAUAUAUGGUAGAACAUUGAAUAGAAAUGACCUGUACACAUAGGUGCAGGACUGUUAACAUAUACAGAAAAGGAUUUUCAAAACCCUAUAUGGAGUUUAAUCACUGUACCUCCGAAGAGUUCUGAGAAAUUUUAGGUGACUUACUAAUAACAAUGAAUGCGGCUAAAAUUCAAUUUUUAACAAGAAUAAUGCAUCUUAUUCACACUGACUGAUUUCUAAACACACUUAUUGCAGUUUAAGGACACAUUACUGGGAGUAUUAUUGCUGGGGAGCAAGGACCAGAUGACUCAAAAAAUAAUUCUGCAUGGGCCGGGCCACUAGGGCUGCUGGGCCCGUGAUAAUUGUCACGGUUGUCAUGCCCUGACAGCAGCCCUGCAACUAAGCAUUACUGGGAGUAUUGUCGCUGUGGAACUCUGUUAUACACAGUCAGACACACCAACAAUAUGGAGCUCCUAGAAAAGAGGGACAUUAGGAUAGAAAAGAGGGACAGAGGAAUAUAUGUCCCUGUAUGAUUUACUAAACUUGAAACUUUAAAGAACUGCAUUUUAUUGGCCAAAUUUAAAGAGCUGGAGAAAAUGCUGAUUUUUAAUUUUUUUUUAAAAUUUGUCUAGUUUGGCAAAACCCUUGGCAGCUUUCUGUAAUUUCUGGUUUCGUGGGUAAACCUCAGAGUAUUCAAUGUUACUUAAUGUUAUUCAGCAUGUCAAAAGUAUCAUUACAGAAAGCACUGUGAUUUAAGGGGGAAAAGCACAUCUUUAAUCCUUUGAAUAUGCACUUUAUUGCAAUCCUCUGUCAUCAGAUGCCCACGUAGCUCCUUGUUUUAUGGUGUGCAUGAAGAAAAAGUAUAAAAUAUGAAGUGCGAAAUACAAUAUAUAGAAAUAUAAAGAGAAAUAGUCCAAACCUAGAUAACCUAAAUUUAUCCAAAAGUCCCCCUAAAGACCUAAGAUGGGAAACACAGACAAUAUACCGUGGAAUACUGUAUACCUGGGCACAGCUGGCGUACCCCUUGUGCACACCUACACACAUGAGCAGAGACAUAACUGGGGCUUUAAAACUGUCAGAACAAUAAUCUCUUGUUUGCAAUAAAUCCUGUGUUGUCUGAAAGCAUAAACCAGGCGUAAGAAUGAGGUCGACAUAUCUUUCUUGUCAACUUUAGCAAAUGUGCCACAAAGUGCAAAUCCAAGAUGGUAAAUCCCUGUAGAUUGUUAUCUUUGUAUCUCAAUAAAUAUAAGGAUCCCUGCAUGGGCCAAAUGUCACAGGACCUAUUAUCAGUGUAUUAAAGUAUUGCUUCUUCUUUCCAAUUCGGCAGGAUUUUAUAGGAGACCCAGCAGAAAUUCUUUGUUACUUAUUAAUUCAUAGUCCCUUGGAGUAAUACAUUUUAUGCAGGGAAACGCCAUGGGUCAUUAGUGUUUACAGAUCCUUACGGUGUGAAGGAAGGAAAAAUAAGAACUGGCAGGAAUAUUUGUCUCUCUUACAUGGUUAUCCAGUGUUCAGUGAUAAUUAUCAAGAAUUCAAAGUGAAUUUCAAAUUUCAGGCCAAAAUAGUUAAGUUGAAAACAGAAUUAACUCGGAGAACGUUUCUAAUUUUGCUGUAUUGGCCUAACUUUUGAAAUUUACGUUGAUUUCACUUUGAAUUCCUAUCAAUUCUCAGUUUAUUGAAUAACGUUCUUAGUAAGAGUAUUCAAAGCAUUCACACAGAUCUGAACAGUCAGGCUAAUUGUAUUAUAAUUUUUUUUGUCUUUGAAGUGUGAAAUUGAAGAUCUGGAGAACGAGAAACUGCAUUUAAGAACACAGAUUGCGCAGGUUCUGGAGGACAGACAGCAGCUCAUGCACCUUAAGAUGUCACUGAGUCUGGAAGUGGCCACAUACAGGUAAUACAGAUUGUGUGUAGGUACAUCAUAUGGAACUAAACAAAAGCAGAAUGGUUUGCAACAGAGUAGUAACAUAAAGACCUGUUAAUUUUAUUUAGCAGAUUGAACUAAAGUUCCACAGCUACAAAAACAUUAUAUUCAAUAAUAAUGAUAUCUGCACAAUAAUAUGCAGUGCAUAUAUUAUUCAUCAGUGGUGGAGAAGCUGCAGACUUCUUGAUAUUUCAUGACUGCAACUUAAAUCUUGCUGAGAAUGAUGAGAGUUUUAGGUUAACAAACAAUAAAAGGGCAUAUAUAAAACCCAGCUGCACACUUUAAGUCACAUUUUGUUGUUGCAACAGGUGGUAAUUUAACAAUGGCUUGUGUUUUUUUUUUUUUUUUUUAAACUUUGCAUUCAUUUUUAUUUUAUAUUUUACACUGCACGUCUGGCUGUCCAGGCACAGCCGAGGCAUGCCAUGUAAAUGAGUUUCCCUCUGCAAUGCCGUGUGCGUGUACGGCACUUCUGAAGGAAUGCUCAAAUGCGUGUUUACUUGAGUGAAGAAACAGGGAACUGUCACUUUCUGAGAACUGACAGCUUCACUUGAAAGGAUCAAUCCAAGUACCAUAAGCACUACAGCACACUAUAGUGGUGAUAAAGUCAGGAGUUCCCUGGCAUCCCCCCUUUGUUGGUUGUCAAACCAUUUUAGAUGGAUUGACUUCUUACAUGGAGUCUGCCCGUCGAUGAUACCCACCUCUACUACUUCAGUCAGAGUGCAGAGCAGAGCUCAGCUCAUUGGCUGUGAACAAUCAGCUGACACUUUCAGCCAAUGAGCUAGGCAUGCACUGCAGGGUUACGUUUAGAAGAGUUAGCAUAAGGUACUAAGCCAGAGCUGUUUGUUCUCUGUCAUUAGGAGAUGGAGGUGGGGAGCAGUGCCCAGUGGACUCCCGGUAUGAUAACCAAGUGCACUGUAGUGGUUAUGGUGCUUGGAGUGUACUUUUAAGGCUAUAAGUCUGAUUGCCAAUGACUUUAAUGGCAUUAAAUUGGGAAUUGUGGAGAGUUGGAAAAGGUGCUGACAAUUCUAAGUCCAAUUGUCAUAAACAUUCUAUAACUCAGCAAUGUAUUAAGUCUGGCUAUUUUUCCCUAAAAUGCUAUUACUUCACCAAAUGUCCACAGUUCUCACUUUGGUAAAUAAAGUCUAUAUUUUAGAUGGUGAUGGAACAUAACAUAGUUUGGUUCCAGAUAAACAAAAUCCCUGAGGAAGGUCACGUGUGCAAGGAAAAUGCUUCGACCCCCCCCCCAAAAAAAUAUUGGUGAAAAAUAAAACUCCAUUGUUUACCAAAUACAGUAAAUGUAAAAAAAUAAAAAAAAUAAAAUGAAUUUAUUAUAUAUUUUACAUUACAUAUCUAAGAUAAGAUGGUCCUGGGAGCUCAGUUGAAAUAUAAAGUAUAAAAAAUACAUUUUUAGUAUUUAAAAAAAAUAUAUCGUAAUUUAGCCCUAAAAAUGUUCAUAGCUUACACACUUUAAAUCCGUUUUCAUUUAACUAUAUAUUUAGCGAUUCUAUUAAUUUCAUUGAAGCCUGAUGUGAUUGUGCAACAAGGUAUUUUGUGGGGGACAAGCAUGGCUUCUCUUUGUACAGAACACAAAAGAAAACUAUAGACUGCACUGUAUGGGGCCGCCACAAAAUGAGAUCAUCCGAUGUCCUAAUAAAGAUUAGUCUCUGGGGGUGUGGGGGAGAUCAACGGAUACAUUUUAAUCCACAAUUUAGGAAGUUAAACUUUAACAAAAGUCAAGAUUGGCAACGCUUCAAAAAAGAAACAGACAAAAGAAAACAAGCAAACAAAUAUUUUAGGGAAAUCUAAAAAUAUUUCUAGCAUUUUGUCAGGCUAAUACGUUUUCUGUCAGAGCAUCUUCUCUUGUUUCAUUUAUUCCAUGUUAUCCAUGGGAAUGUGUACUAGCUCAGCAUUAUUCCUUCUCAUCCACCAGCGAGCCCCCACUCCAUUUCUCUGAGACCUUCCAGAUGGUGUCAAACAAAAGCUGACUGGCCAUUAGCAUGAUAAUGCAGUUCUAUUGGUGGUGGGGCUGUACAUUUCUCUCCUGAGACCUGCCAUUAUGUCAUCGGGUUGGCCAUAUCACAGAGGGAUACAUCUUCUAUAAACUAAGGGGAGGAAUGUAAAGUGUAGACAUCUGAAGGACUUAUUAAAGAACUUGCGUGUGUGUGUGUGCCCAUUUGAGACUGAGAAGUAAGAUGCUCUGUGUGACAACACACAAGGGUUUGAAGACAAUGGGUGAUACAAGCUGACAAUCCACGCUAACGAGGCAUGUUUUGGAAGUUACUGCAGUAAAAUGCUAGUUUGUUUCGAACAUCAAUUCCAACAAAAACACAGCGAGGAUGACACAAUCCUUUGUUCUCUAAAAGAGAUUUUGUUUGCGAUUGAACUUUGACCUUUGUCAUGUAAAUGUAAAAAUAAAGUAUGAAUAUUAAGUACAUUAGCAGUGUCGCAGAUGUCACUAUUGAUCUCUAUGGGGCCUUACAUCCACCUGUCCCUUUCUAUAAAGUAAAUGUGAUUGCCUACAUUUAUUGGACUAUUGGGCAGAAAAAGCACUGUGCAAAACAGAGAAAGAUAACUGAUUAAAAAGUUUUUUUUUAUUUUUUCUACCAGUAACAAACAAGUACUAUUAGCCAUUAGAACAAGUUAAAGGAUCAGUUAUUUUAUAAAGAUGAACUGUCAUCUCUCAGUUGGUGCCAUUUUCACAUUUAGUCACCCAAACAAAUAUUAUUGAAUUUACUGGGGUGAGGAGUGCCCUAGGCAGGAUGUACUGGGUUCAGGCCGGGACCCAGCCACAUCACACACAUUUAAUAAAGUCCCUGUUUGUCUCCACCUGUACCGUCCCUCUCUGUCCCCUCUACCACCCAAUAGCGUCUCCCGUUCUGCCCCCCCAUAAAGCCUCUUCUUCUCUUUCGCCGAUAAUGCAGUUCUCUGCCUUCCCAUAGUGUCUCUUCCUCUUCACUAUAGUAACUCUCCACCACUGUGCCACCACCUCUAUAAUGUCUCUCCCUGUAUCCCCGAUAGUGUAUUUUCCUGUGUCCCAUUCAUAGCAAUGUUUCUUCCUCUGCCUCCAUAGUGUAUCUCCCUCUCUCAUACAGUGUCUUUGCCCCAUACUGUCCCCCUUCUCUGUCUCUCUUGUCUCUCAUUCUGUCUAACCACAGAUUCUCUCUAUCCCUUCAUUGUGUCUCUCUCAUGUAUUAUCAUCACUAUGACAGUCGCUGCAGUUUUAGACUGUGAUGUGAUCAGGGAAAAGGUAAUAUGUCAAACAGCAAUACACACCCUUAAAGUGCAGUGUUCAAAUACAAUGAAAAGUUUACCCUAUGAGGUGAGUAGAUCACAUAAGAAUUCCUCAAAUCCUCGAAUAAGAAAAACUGUAGGUACAAAAGAUAAUAUGUGCUAAUGGAGAGGGAACAGGAUCAUGUGGAACUCCUAAAACCUGGUUACAGUUGUAUCCCCUCCAGUAUUCAUUGUUACAGUGCUGUCUGAUGAUAUAAGUUAUAAAAUAAUUUACAAACAAAUCACUGACAUCACCAUUUCCUCGUUCCCUCUAGAUCCCUUCUUGAAGCGGAGAGUACCAGAAUAUACAGCCCAGGGAUGGAUUACAAACUAUCCUCUGCCUUUAGCGGUAUGUUAUACUGUAUCUCUUAUAAAUACUUUGGGAAAUAGGGAUGCGAUUUGGUGCACUGAGAACUGUCUAGUGGUGUUACUGGACUAUUCUAUGAUAUUAUUUCUAUAUUAUACGUAAUUCAAUGGAGCUCUAUUUUAUAUUCAUAAAGACCCAAAAUAGUACAAGUCCCUGUUUUGAAGACGUAUUUUAUGAAUGCUUCUUUAGAGGAAGCAAAAUAUGUUCCAGAAAUGCUUAAAAAGUUAGGUCCAUCCCAUUUUCAAGAGCAUUAGUGCCAUAUUUCUCAUUACUGUUCUAGGGCAUAACCUGAGAUAUCACUAGACAAAAGUUAAAGGGACAUUAUAUUCACGAGAACAACUACAGCUUAUUGAAUUUGUUCUGGUGAGUAGAAUCAUUACCUUUAGGCUUUUUGCUGUAAACACUGUCUUUUCAGAGAAAAUGCAGUGUUUACAUUACAGAAAGGUGAUAACAUCACUGGCCACUCCUUAGAUGGCUGUUAGAGAUCCUUUCUGGGUCAUGGCUGCCUAUAAUUCAUACAAACAUUCAGUUUCUCCUCCCUCUGCAUGCAGACACUGAACUUUCCUCAUAGAGAUGAAUUGAUUCAAUUCAUCUCUAUGAGGAGAUGCUGAUUGGCCAGGGCUGUGUUUGAAUCAUGCUGGCUCUGCCCCUGAUCUGCCUCUUUGUCAGUCUCAGCCAAUCCUAUGGGGAAGCACUGUUAUUGGAUCAGGCUACCACUUUUGAUGAUGUCAGCAGACUGCUUGUUUUUCCGAGUCAAACAGCAUGCAGAGUUACAGCUUCAGGCUUGAAUACAGUACAAUUUUACUAUAUUUAUGGAGGCAUGAGGGGGCCCAGGGGGGCUAGAUGGUGGUUUUAACACUAUAGGGUCAGGGAUACCUGUUUGCACAGGACCUGUACCAUUGCUCUUUGUCUAUUUAAAUAACACAAUAUGGUCCCUAUAUUCAAUGGACAUAUUAUAAUGAGGGUAUUUUUUAUUUGCUUAUUGGGCACUUUAUUUGAUAUUAUAAAGGGAUAGAAAAAGCAAAAGCAAAACAUGUUUUUGUUCCGAUUUAAUUCUUGUCUGUAUAUAUGUUGUGUAAUAAAAACUUAUUCCAAUUUACUAAGCAUGGAAAGAGGAGAAUUGAAAAAAAUAAAUAGUCUAUCAACAUUUUCUAAGACAGAUGUUUUUGGAUACAAUUUCCUAUUCUUUUGUCAUUUCUCCACAAUUCUUGAUUUUGUAAAUAACCCCAUGCUAAAUGUAAUGUUAGAGGCAAAUUCUCUGUCAACUAAUAAAAGCAAGUACUGCAGUCAGUUCUAAUUUGUGGCUAUUUUUUUAAUAGAUUCUAUUCUGGAGCCGAAAAAUGCAAGAAGAAGACAGAACAGAGAUAACAAGAAAGUUCUGUCUACAGAAUAUAAUCUGAGCUCCAGUAAAAAGCAAAGAGCAGAAAAAAAUCAGGCAUCAAGGACAUCUGCACACCACCUCCUGAAUGUGAAAAAUACUUCAUAUGAAAAAAGGACAAGUCCCGUUACCAAAGAGUUCCAGAAAGUCAGCUCAGUGCUCCAGUCUCAAAGCAAUACCAAAGCUCCCAUUGCUAAAGCAGUGUCUUCACUACCUGCGCUCGAAAGCAGUUUUGAGAGGCGCUCUCAGUCUGCAGAUGUUUUCAGGAAAACGAACAGCAAAACAGUUUCCCCUUCCUAUUCACUUGAUUCAUCGAAAGACAAAGGUCUUCAAGAGGAGAAAAAAGAUACAAAGGACUUGGCUGUAUUAAAAGAGCAUAUUUACUCUACCGAAGAGAGGGAUUCAAGGAAAAAGGAAGCUCAAGAUAAAGUCAAUAUUAAAUCUCGUUCUACAAGUUCACAGGAAGCCCCCACUUCACAGCUGAAAGAAGAUAAUUUAGACGUAACUUUGAAAAACAUUGUUGAAAUAAAUAAAUCAAUAACCCGGGAAUAUGGCCAGAAAGUGCAGGAGAAAAAGGAGGAGGAACAGGAGAUUCAGUUAAGUGAAACACAUCAAGAAGAGAAGAAAAAUCUCAAUGUGCCUAAACAUGACACGUCGGAAGAUAUAGUUCUUAAUAUUGCUUAUCAAGAUGGAUCUUAUAAAAGUACAGAGGCCAUACAAGCUUCUGAAGAACAUGAGACAACAAGAGAAACCAUCAGUUAUCAGAGCAUAGAUUUCAGCCUACAGGAUGUUAUAGAAUCAAAUUUUUCAGAAGAAAAAGAGGUAGAUGAAGGGAAAGUGGCAGAAUCUCUUGAUUUACAUAAAUUAAAUAAAGAAGCUGAUUUAAAACUUUCUCCAGAAAUAUCUGAAUUUGAUCAGAAACACGAAAUUCCAACUUUCCAAAUCACUGCAUUUGAGAAGAAAGAAUCUCAAUUGUUGUCGAUGGACAACGACAAUGUGUCAGAAAUCAUAAGGAAAACUGUUGGAGGACUUUUAGGAAGCAACUUGAAAAUCAUGUCUGUAACGGAAGUUGAACACGUUCGUUAUCAAGAAGAUGAUUCACAAAGAUCCCAGUCAUUUGACCAGCACAUUGCUGACCAGCUAAGCUUAGAAGAUGUUAAUGUGCAGCCUAAUCGAGAAGGGCAAGAGACUGUUGAUUUAGAUAAUGCAGAAAACAAAACUAUCCAGUUGCCACAUGAAGAACAGGAAAGUCGACUGUCCUAUGAGGAAAAAUGGACAAGUAAGAACUUGGAGGAACCAGUUCAACAAAUGCAAGUGUCCACUGUCCUUAAGCAGUAUGCUGCAGAAUUGCAUGAGAUUAAAGAGGAUAAUUUGCAACAAGACCAGAAAGUAGAGAAGAGUCUUAGCUUGAAUGCUAUGGCAGAAGAGAGUAAACUUUCAUAUGAUGGAAAGACAACUGAAAAUAUAACUGACAUUGAAGAACCAGUUCAACAGUCUGAAAUGUUCACUGUCCUUAUGCAGGCCACUGAGGAAUGCUUAAAACUUGAGCAGGCAAGUUUACAGCAAUUUCAUGAGGCUACCUCUCUUGAGCUAGAGAAUGCAGAGAACGAUGAUCAACAAUGUUCCACUUUCAUUGGAACUGAGGAAAAUGUUGAGCAGAUAAUUGCCAGUGCGCAAGUUAACCAACAAUUUAAUAGCAGGUUAGAGUCUGAGAAUCAGCACUUUGACAAGUUAACAGAAGAUGAAGAUUCCAGCCUUAAAGAAAACAUUAUAGAAGAAAAGGACUUUGGUUUCACCAGUGCUGGAUUACACAGUAUCAAGUUGACAUAUGAACAUGAAGGCCAACUCUCAGAUAUUGAACAGAAAAGUGAUACUACUAGUGAUGAUAAAAUAUUAAAUGGUGUGGAUGACUCCAUUCAGAUGUUGGAUAACAAAAUCAGUUUGGAACAAUCAGUUGAUGUUGAACAGGAAACAACACAACCACUUGUUAUAGAAGAUGACAGCUUGCAACAUAGCCUGCUGAAAGAACCCAGUGCUAAAGAGGUUUUGACUCAACAAGUCAUUGAAGAAGGAGCUGAUCUAACUGCAUCAAGUGAGGUGCACAUAGAUGACCAACGGAUAGAAUUAAAAGACUAUGCCCAUCAUGUAGAGGAGAAUCUACAGCAGACAAGUGAUAAUGAGGAGUUAUGUCAAUCUAGUGACCAUGAAGAACACACUGCUAUUCUGGAACAUCAAGAGGUGGUCAGUGACCAUGAUGCAACUGAGUCUUUUUCUGAUAUAAAGAGAAAUGAUGCUGAAACUUUCAACUUGGAUAUAGGACUUUCGAAUGACACAAUCAAAAUAGAAGUUGAUAUUGUAAAUAAAGUGCAAGAAAGCCAAUAUGAAAUCUUUGAACAUGAGCAUACAAAAGAUGAAAAAGAAGAACAUGCAUUUUCAGAAAAUGAAAAUGAUAUAGCAGAAAGGCAGCAGGAGUGUUUUUUAACUGAGACAAAUUUGGAAACAAAUGUUUCAUUCACAACUAAAGAGGUUUUAAACACUCAAUUUGAAUUAUCUGCAAAUUUACAGUGUGAUGCAUCUGAGGAAGAGAAUGAAAACAAAAGCCCUGACCACUGGGUCAAUGAGGUUGUUACUGUAGCAAAGGAGGACUUUCAUUAUGUUAAUCAAAGUCCCGUGGAACCCAAGUCAGAAGAAGUAUAUACUGAGGAAAUUGAAGAAAUAAAAGAAAGAGAAAGGGGGCUUAAUGUGAAUGAAGAAGUAACAAAUACAGUGGAAAACAAAGAUAUAGAAAUUACAUAUACAGAGGAAAAUGUUGAGCGUGAAGACAAAACAGAAGAAUAUGACCGGGAAAAUGUAGAAAUUGAAGAGCAUGUUCAUAAAAAUGUGGAAGCCUCAAAUACAGAUGAAAACAAUGAAGAUGUAACAAACACAGAAGAAACUAUUGAGGAAAGUAAAGAAAGCACAAAACCACAGGAAAUUAAGGAGAAUGCCGAAAUAAAAACUUUUGAAAGCAGAGAAGAAAUAAAAACUGUAGAAAUUAUAGAACCAAAGGAAAAUGUUGUGUAUGAAGAAGCAACAACAGUAACUAAACAGAAUUAUGAACAUGAAGAUGCUAUACAACUAGAGGAAUAUGUUGAGGAAAAUGUAAAAGCUUUUAAUGCAGAGGGCAAAGAUUGUGAAGAAGUAAGAAGAGCUGAAGAAACUAUUGAGGAAAAUGAAGAACACUCAAAACUAGAGGAGCAUAUUAAAGAGGAUGAAUUUACAGAAACAGUAGAAAAUGAAGACAAUGUAAAAACUGGAGAACUUACAGAAACAGAAGAAAAUAUUGAGCAUAAAGAACUAAGAACAACAGAAGAACAUGUCGAGGAAAAUGUAGAAGCUAUAAACACAGAGGAAAAUCUUAAAGGUAAUGAAGACAUAAUAAAAGCAGGAGAAAUUAUUGAAGAAAGUGAGGAAAACAUAAAAACAGAGGAAAUUAUUAAGGAGAAUGAAGAAAUAACAAUAAAAGAAGAAAUUAUUAAAGAGUAUAAAGAAGUAACAAAAGCAGAAGAAAAUAUUGUUGAAAAUGAAGAAGACUCAAAACCAGAGGUGAAUAUUAAGGAGGCUAAAGUAACAGAAACAGUGAGAAAUGGAGACAAUGUAAAAACUGGAGCAGUAACACAAACAAAAGAAAAUAUUGAGGAAAACAAAGAAGACUCAAACACAGAAGAUAAUAUUCAAGAGGAUGAAGUGACAGAAACAGUGAAAAAUGAAGACGAUGUGAAAACUGGAGAAGUUACAGAAACAGAAGAAAAUAUUGAGUGUAAAGAAAUAACAACAACAGACGGACAUGUUGAGGAAAAUGUAGAAACUAUAAAUACAGAAGAUAGUGAAGAUGUAAUAAUAGCAGGGGAAAAUAUUGAGAAAAGUGAAGAAGACAUAAAAACAGAGGAAAUUAUUCAGGAGAAUGAAGAAAUAAUGACAAAAGAAGACACUAUUAAAGAGUAUGAAGAAGUAACAAAAGCAGAGGAAAAUAUUGUUGAAAAUGAAGAAGACUCAAAACCAGAGGUGAAUAUUAAGGAGGAUAAAGUAACAGAAACAGUGGAAAAUGAAGGCAAUGUAAAAACUGGAGAAGUUACAGAAAUAGAAGAAAAUAUUAAGUGUAAAGAACUAACAACAACAGGUGAACAUGUUGAGGAAAAUUUAGAAACUAUAAAUACAGAAGAUAGUGAAGAUGUAAUAAAAACAGGGGGAAAUAUUGAGGAAAGUGAAGAAGACAUAAAAACAGAUGAGAAUGAAGAAAUAACGACAAAAGAAGACAUUGUUAAAGAGUAUGAAGAAGUAACAAAAGCAGAGGAAAGUAUUGAUGAAAAUGAAGAAGACUCAAAACCAGAGGAGAAUAUUAAGGAAGAUAAAGUAACAGAAACAGUGGGAAAUGAAGUCAAUGUAAAAACUGGAGAAGUUACAGAAACAGUACAAAAUAUUGAGUGUAAAGAACUAACAACAACAGACAAACAUGUCGAGGAAAAUUUAAAAUCUAUAAAUACAGAAGAAAAUAUUAAAUGUAAUGAAGAUGUAAUAAAAGCAGGGGAAAAUAUUGAGGAAAUUGAAGACUUAAAAACAGAGGAAAUUAUUAAGGAGAAUGAAGAACUAACAACAGAAGAAGAAAUUAUUAAAGAGUGUGAAGAAGUAACAAAAGCAGAGGAAAAUAUUGAGGAAAAUGAAGACUCAAAACCAAAGGAGAAUAUUAAGGAGGAUGAAUUAACAGAAACAGUGGACAAUGCAGAUGAUGCAAAAACUGAAGAAGUUACAGAAACAGAAGAAAAUAUUGAGUGUAAAGAACCAUCAACAGCAGACAAACAUGUGGAGGAGAUUUUAGGAACUAUAAAUACUGAAAAAAUUAUUAAACGUAAUGAAGAUUUAAUAAAAGCAGUAGAAAAUAUUGAGGCUAGUGAAAAAGACAGAAAAACAGAGGACAUUUUUAAGGAAAAUGAAAAAUUACCAACAGAAGAAAAUAUUAAAGAGCAUGAAGAAGUUACAAAAGCAGAGGGAAAUAGUGUGGAAAAUAAAGAAGACACAACAUAUGAAAAUGUUAAGGAAAAUAAAGAUGCAACAACAAUAGAGGAAACCAUUAAACUAAUUGAAGUUGUUCCAAAAACAAAUGAAGAUAUUUAUAAAUAUGAAGAUGUAAUUAAGGAAAAUAAAGAAGUAACAACAGAAGAUAAUAGUGAGCUUGAAGAAGAAACAAAAACACAUGAACAUACUAAAGAAAGUGAUGUUACAGCUGCAGAGGAACAUAUUGAGGAAAAUGAGUUUUUAACUAAAACAGAAUACAAUAUUGAAGAAACCGAAGGAGUGAUAAAAGCUGAGGAAAAUGAAGGUUUCACACAAACAUCAGAAGAAAUUAUUAAGGGAGGAGACAAAAUAAACAAAGAACUUACAAAUGUAGAGAAUGUGGAAGAUUUAAGGGUUUCAGAAAAUGAAAAUAUUGAGAUUUCAAAUAUCACAGAACCUCAUAAUGAAACAAAAACUAUUGCAAGUCCAGAUGAAAAGGAAGAAAACAUUCACAAUUUGGAGAGGUUUGUGCAGCAUGAAAAGUCAGAAACAAGUGAAGAAAGUGAUAGCCCAUCUUUAUUACAAGCAGAAAAUUACUCAGAAUAUGAAAAUGCAGAAUAUACUGUCAAAAUCUCAGAAAUACCCAACAUAGAAGAUGCUCCUAAGGGUGAGAAUGAUUUUGUAGAUUUGGAAGAGCAAACCAAUGCUGUUGAACUGUCAUCUGAAAUUCCUACUGAUGAUUCUCAUGUACAUCAUGUUGAACAUGAAAAUGAAAAUGAUAUUGCAAAGUCUGAAGUUCAGAGUUUUAUUGAUGAACAGCAGGAUGCAUCACAAAAUAUCAUCACCAAAACAGACAAUCAGGACUCAGAAGUCGAACAAUCUGUAGAUUCACAAGAAGAUUUCUCACUUUUGUCACAGAGGAGUGAAGAGUUUGAAAUUAGUAGUGAUUACCAUCAAGAGAAAACAUUGCCAGACACAACACCUCUACCUAACAUGGAUAAUGAAUUUGAGGAUUUACCUAAGGAGCAAGUUACCUUACCAUUAGAGUCAACUGACAUUAGUGAAGAAAAUCAAUCAAUAGAAGAAUCUGACAAGCAUGAUUCAUUAGCAGAUGAAUUUGCAGAAGUUGCUGUUGAAAAACCUGACGAGAACAAAGCUGCCGAAGUCGAAGAAUCUGUAGAUUCACAAGACGAUGUCUCGCUUUUGUCACAGAGGGAUGAAGAGUUUGAAAUUAGUAGUGAUGUCAAUCAAGGGAAAACAUUGCCAGACACAACUCCUCUGCCUAACAUGAAUAAUACAUUUGAGGAUUUACCUAAGGAGCAAGUUGUCCUACCAUUAGAGUCAACUGACAUUAGUGAAGAAAAUCAAUCAAAAGAAGAAUCUGACAAGUACAAUUUUUUAGCAGAUGAAUUUGCAGGAGUUGUUGUUGAAAAACCUGAGGAGGACGAACCUUCUGAACUUGAGGAAUCUGUAGAUUCACAACAAGAUGUCUUGCUUUUGUCACAGAGGAGUGAAGAGUUUGAAAUUAGUAGUGAUGACCAUCAAGAGAAAACAUUGUCAGACACAACACCUCUACCUAACAUGGAUAAUGAAUUUGAGGAUAUACCUAAGGAGCAAGUUGUCUUACCAUUAGAGUCAACUGACAUUAGUGAAGAAAAUCAAUCAAUAGAAGAAUCUGACAAGCAUUAUUUAUUAGCAGAUAAAUUUGCAGAUGUUGCUGUUGAAAAACCUGAGGAGAACGAACCUUCUGAAAUUAUUUGUAGAGCAGAAGAAUGUAAUGAAGUUAACUCUGUCUCUGUUCUAGAUGUUGACACAGAAAAGAUUAAAGUAACAACCAUGGAGACAUUAAGCCAGGGAACAUCUUAUUUGGAAGAGAAUGAGUUUUCUGAUAGUCUUGUUAAAAAUGUAAUAUCUCAAGACGUUCUAAGUGAGGAUCACACAGAUGCUGCAUUCACACAAGGAUUUGUCUUUCAAAUAGAAAACAAUGAAACCAUUGUAGAAAAGGAGGUCAUAGAAACUAAUGUUACAACUGGUUUUGAUGAGUAUACACAAGAGCAUGAAAAAUAUGUUACUGAUGAAGAAAGAGAGGAACUGAAAGUUUUCAAAGAUGAUCAUGCUACAGAAACUGUGAUGCAGGUUGCAAAUGCAACAUUGCAGAAAAACCAAGAAAGUAUCAGUGUAGAUUUUCAGUCAGUUUCUUCUAAAUCUGAAGAAUUGGUCAAUAUAGUUUUUCAAGGAAACCAACAGUUUGAAAUUAAUCAAUAUCAAGAUAGAGUCUCAGACAGUGAAGACGCUGGAUCGUCUGAUGAUGGAUCACCAAAUGCCACAAUAAACCUUACUUCUAAACAUGAAGACAUCAGAAAAGUUAUAACUACGGAAGUAUAUGCCGAAGUUGAAGUUACAGAAGAAUUUACAGUAACUUCUAAGGAACUGGGACACAUUGUUUUUAAUAAAGAAGAAACCAAAGAGACACCUGCAGAACCAAUAUCUGCUUGUGAUGAUAUAGUUCAAAUAGAAUGUAAUUUAUCAGACCAAGAAAAAGAGGUGACAAGUGAAAGCAGUGACUCAUCUUGUGAUUUGAGCAACGCCUCUGAAUCAAGUGAGCUUAAGAGUCAAUCAGUUGACAAGUUUGAUCAUUCUGCUCUGGAAUUCACAAAAUUAAAUAGUGCAAACAUUGACGCAGUGAAUGGACAACAGGCAAAUGAAAAGUUCGGUUGGUCAGAUGAUAUGCUAAAUGGUCACUCUGAAAGGGAAGACAAAGAGCAUGAACAAUCUUGCAAAAAGGGCUACAUACAGUUAGACACUAAUGCUCCAUUUAUGCAUGCGUAUGAUCAGGAAUUCCUUGGUGAUCCGGUAAUUAAAUUUGCCAUGUCAGAAGGGAAGGACGAGGGUCUAUUCCAGACAUUGCUGGAAACAUCAGAACUGAAAGACCUUAGCGGAACAGAAGAGGUCGCGUCAGAUAGUCAAACCACCAAAGAAUCCUCGGUGUAUCUGGAUUCUGCUAAUGAAAAUGAAUAUACCAAGCUAGUGCAAAAUCCCUACCUUAUAGAUAAAGAUUUCCAUGACCAACCUCAGGUAAUUUCGACAAAGCUUCCCUUGACAGAAGAAGCCCUUAUUGAUUCAACAAACGUACAAGGAAGUGAAACAUAUGCAGGAGUUUCCAAUGUAAAGCACGAGGAUGAAAUAUCUUGGUCAUCAGAUGACUAAACAGACUAAAUUGCCUCAAUAUAUUUGUGGAGCAAAAGUGACUAUAUUUAUUUUCUCAUUACUGUGAAUAUAUUCACCUGGUUCUCUGAGAAUUUUGGUAAUGGGUUCCAUCCAAACAAGAAAGCAACCAUAUAUUGGUACAUUGGCAUAAAUGGGAAGAUAUAUUUUAAUGUCUAAUGAUGCCUGCAUUUGUAUGGUGUUUGUAACUGAACCCACCAUUCUAUGUUCAGGUUAAUUUUAUGCAAAAUGCAUUGGGUGUUCACUGUGAUUCAGUGCUUUAAGCUCAAAGAAAGGAACCUUGAGCUAUAUUUUUUUUGCCAACUUGCUGUGAAUUUUGUCAGGACCUUGUUGAAACCCUUCAAUUAGGGGACUGGCAUAGAGCGUUAUCCGCACUGAAGAAACAUUAGAAGUAUAAGUUUGCAUGUCCAUAUAGUAUUUAAUGAGCAUACGUUUGAUUCUGUUUGGUUUGCAUUUCAUCUAAUGUAUUAUGAAUGAACUAUUAGGAGACAAACCUUUAUACUUUUUCCAUUUACUGCAUCCUUACAAAUGGAUGCCCUGGCUUACAAACAUAUAUGUGCUUUAAACCUUUAUGGGAUCAUGCCUUCUUACAUUCCCAGGUUUAAAUGACACUAUUAUAUUUUCAUUACAUUUGACAGAGCCUUAAAUGUUGUAGGAUCAUUUUCAGUUCAAUAGCGAAAUAAGUUAGCAUAUCAUUGCUUGACCUUAUAGAAUUCUCAUACCUUUUAUUUUGCAAAUAACAUGCUCAAAUCAUAUCUUAGUGCUUUGGCAUACAUAGUAGCAUGACAUAAGCUGGCCUCUUAGUGGGACCUCUGCAUUAAACAGAUACCCAAAGGGGGGUACACAUGUCAUAGUUGCCUAGACAGCAUAUAGAGUAAGAUUAUUAUUUUUUUUAAUUUUUGUAAAAAAACAUUCUGUGCAACCUGGCUACCUACAAUUCACUCUGGUACAAAUAAACAAAGUACAAAGCAGUACCAGUGUCAAUUGCCUUAUAACGAGUGAUUUUAGAAAUGGAACAAAGCUACAAUGUUACUAUAGGAAUAAGUUAAUUACAUUGGUAAAAUGCAUGUUUUGAUUUUAUUAUAAAUAAUUUCAGCAGUAAAAUAUUUAAAUUACAUCAAACUUAGAAAUAAGAAACAUAUGGGUCAUACUUAUAUAAUUAUGAUCUUAGACGAACAGUGCCUUUUCUGCUUCAUCCCCUUAAAACACGCAUACAUUUUUUUUUUUUUUUUUUUUAAAGCUGCUAGUUGGCAAAACUUUAAAUUUCUAAGAAGUUUAAAAAAAAUGUAUUAAAGGUUUGUUUCAUGCUGAACAUGGGAUUGGUGAAAUCAGACCAUCACUAUCAGCAAUUCCCAAAAAGGUUUCCUAUUUUCUUGCACUGUAGAGAACUGGAUACUACGCAGCAAAUCGUAGAUUCUGAUUGGCUGCUGUAAUCACACACUCUCUGCAACAGUGUCUUCUUAUAUCAAUAUAUGAAAACGUUGGCACAGUUCCAAAAUGGCCACCUCCAUAAUGAUGUUCGAGCAGAUCUUCCAGCAGUAGUUAUAGCUAAACUAACUAUAUCUGGAUAGAUGAAGAGAUUAUAAUCUGUGUGGCAUAUUGCUUUAAACUGAUUUUUAGUAAUAAAAUAUCAUUGACAGCUCCACUUUAAUAAAAUACAGGUACAGGUAACAGCUACACUGGGUCAUGCGGAUUCUCUAAGAGGAUGUUACAUUAAAAAAAAAAAGAAACAAUUAAACAAGUGAUUGGAAAAAAAAUGAAUUGGCUCACUUAAUAUUAUGAUGUGACCCAUGAUGUAUUAUUGUGUAAUCCUUUAACAUGUCUAUUGGUAUCUGUAGGUUAGGCAUCACUAAUUGUGAACAUAUACGGCUGGUAUCCACGAUUGAUGAGAAGUAACCCAUUCAAAAGUUAUUUGACAUUACACAGCCAUUUAGAAGGUGGCCACUUUGGCAGGGAUACCUCUUGUUCUUGUUGUGUAAGCAGAGUACUGUCUCAAGCAAACAGUGAAUCUAUAGCCGAUGAGAAAUAUUCAUGACGCUCAGCUAUUUUGGCCAUUAUAUUAUUAUCUUAUUAUAAUAUAUAAGAUAUGUAAUUAAUGAUGCUACCAUUUGAAAUGACUCUUACAGAUACCAAUCUCACCAGCAUCAAUGAAUGUGGACACUGGAAAGCUAAAAAAAAAAAAGACUGAAAUGUGUAAAUAAUUUAUAAAGGAAACUUAUAAGACAAAAAAAGUUGAAAUCAUGUGCCUUCCCUAAGAAUUAAUUAAUAAAAUUUGCUAUUGUAUCUUU